AUGGUUCAUGACGGACUUUUGGAUGACGAGUCUGCGUCUUUAGAUACGCAAGACACAACGGAAGCUAAUGAGAUGAUUUCUGAGUCCAAAAGCCCACUAGAAGUCGAGUUAUCGUUCAAUUCAUCUGCCUCAUCGCCUCGAAAACUUGCUUCUUCAGGUGUAAAUGGCCGUUCAAAGGCUGUGUCAGCUGCUGCAGCUCCCAUUACAUUUUCAAUCAAUAUCCAAGAAACAGCUGAUUCAAAUGAGGUCCUGCACGGCUUCUGGAACGUCCAAAGACGUACCCAGUCGGACGGGAACUUAGGAAGACACAAUUUGCUUUCAAGCUCUUCUAUUGCAGACAAUAAUGCUAUUCCAGUGACCUUUCGGGCCAGUCCUGCACACUCAGAGUCUUCUCUGAUGAUACAUAAUGAAAAGGAGGGCUUGGAGCCGCUUCCACCGUCUGUUUCAGUGAGAGCACCCAUUAGUUCUAAACCUCAAACGUUUACGGCUAUGAGGGAAAGUUUGCUGGCCGGAAUGGCCAACUUGGCAGGUAUAAAAUCACCGAGAAGAACACUGCAAAAGGUUCACGUGGUCUACCCUACGUCAGGGCCACUGUAUGUGGAUUUAUACUCUCGAGAUGAUGGUACAGGAGCUUUUGUUAAGGGAUUUAGGAGGAAACUUGAUGGAUCGAUGGCAGAUGCCGAAGCUUCGGGUCGAGUAUUUCCUGGUGAUGAGCUAGUGGCGAUUAAAGAUGUCGAUGUGACCAAGAUAAUGUUUAAUGAGAUCAUCGCGCUUGCACAGGAGGCCACGUAUCCAUUGAACUUGACAUUUUGUUGCCAUCAGACCAAGAGGGAGGAAUAUGAAAAGCAAAAGAAGACGAUGGACGGAAAAUGUUCUAGUAGAUCGUUGACACCCGUGCUACCACUAAUGUCGCCUUCUAAUAGUGCAGGGUGGGGUGCUAAACUGAGCCAGAUGACGAGGUCGGGGUCGUUCGAUCAGAAAACAAGCGGGACAAAUCUUGGUAAUGGCGUCCCCAUGUCGCCUUUGUUGCAUUCAACAGCAACAGAGUCGAAUGGAGGAAAGUUUGGCAUUUCGUUGGGAAAGGUGGGUACUGACGGUGUGAAAGUGAGUUUGUUUCGCAUGAUGGGCAACAAAGCAUCACGGUCCGAAAAAGACAAAAACUUGGUGAAAAGUUUGAUGGAUGACCUUGCGUUAAAACCACACAAUAGAUCGGCUGGAGGGCGCCAUCGUAAAAGUCCAGCAAACACAAAUUCUGAUGUGAUACAUUCGACGCCAAUUGUGGCCGUGACAACUGGAGGCCGAUUUAUUGGUGUACUAGAUGAGGAUGCGAACGAGUUUGCCCUCACAUGGUUUCGUAAGACGCCACCUGAGAUGGAUAUUAGACAGAUCAAAGGCGUAACACGAUGUCCAUAUUUUCCUUCGGUAGACGACGUGGGCGCAGUUUUGUCACUGCAAUGCAAGUCACUGCGCUUUCCACAACUACAACGUGUGGUAGAAAUGCCUCGACCGUUAGUGCUGGAUCCGGACGUGGGAAAUACGGUGAAUGUGUUUCUAGAGGCUGGCGCGGGCUCGUUUUCAGCAACUUUGGCGAGUAACGAGCACGAUAGCUUUCAGAUCAAAAUAUCGGCGAAAUCAGUAACUAUGAUCAAAAUAUCGGAGGAAGAUGGAGGGGUCGUGGUGGAGGCCGCCUACGGCCCAUUUCUUCAAGUUUUACUUGAUCCUGGUAACCAGCUUCGAUUCACGCUCAAGGUGCAAGAGUUUGGUGGCUUCUUGGGCAACCGUGAAGGAGAUAAAUGCGAUUUGAAAAAGCGACAGGCGCAGUUCGAAACUAUGUCCUGUUUCUUCUUAGUGGCUCAAAACAGGCAGAAUCGUGACAUUUUAACGCUGCUGAUUCGUAAGUUCCGAGCUCGAGUGAUCACACCUGAGCAGGAAGAAGUAGCCCAAGUUGAUGAGAGGAAUCUGUUCAUGGACCCUGCAAAUGUCGCUGCAGUAGCACGACCAGCACCGCUGAUUGUAUCUCAAUUCGUUGAAUCAAACUCUGGUGCAGUAUCUCCCGCUAGUAAUUCUGUUGCGACUGGAGAGACAGCAAGCAGCGCGGGAUCACCGACAACGGUGACAACUCCAUCAUCAGGGAUGGCUUCUUCACCUAUGACUAGGAAUACUUGUGCUGUGCGUUUACAAAGCGAGGGGUCAUUAAGCUCCAUGUCAAGUGCGCGGCUCAGCGAUCUGGUUGGUUUAGAACCAGAUGAUUCAGAUCAGCAACUCACAAGAGAGCGAGAGUCGGACUUAGCUGCAUCUGCAGCAACGCCAUCUCGUGUAGCCAUGGUGUCAAGAAAAAAUGAGUUUAGAGUGAGUACUAAUGACAUUGUUGUCGACGAUCCAUUCGUGGAAGGUCGACUUGCUGCCCAAGACAAGGAAAUUGUUAUGCUUCGAGAGAAACUUGCUGUGGUGUCAGUUCGCCUAAAAGCAGCUAUGCAAGAAAGCUUACAGAUAACUGCGUCCUUGGAGGUGAAGGACAACCGCAUUGAGUUUCAACAAAUGAAGAUUCGACAGCUUGAAAAGCUAGCAGGACAAUGUGAUUUGCAAGCCCUCGAAAUACAAAAUUUGCGCACUAAACUGGAGGAUAGUGAACGGCGCCAUGCAUUGUGCAGAGAGGAACUGCAGCAGAUUUCUGGACUAGCAGCUAAGCAAGCAUUAGAGAUACGAGAUCGAGGUGUCCAAACAGAAGACCAGUUUUUAGAUGGAGAAGGGUUGGCAUUUGUAACUUCAGGGUCAGGCUGGAAACGUGACGCCUGGUCUGGCACUGUUGCAACAGUGAGUGCAAGUGAUCUGCAACAACAAGUGGAGGAUCAACAGGUGCAAAUUGCACAGUUUCAGGACGAGCACGUCAACUUGGUGGCAGAACGUAACAUGUUUCGCGCAAAAUCGAUGGAGUUAUCACGAGAGCUCCGCAGACUUGUUCGAGCCAACAACAAUCGAUCACUAGACGAUCUCAAGACACAACUUGCGGAGCGGACUAGUCUCCAGGUUGAAAUUGCCUCUGUCAAAGCUGACGCAAAGAAAAAAGAAGAGGAAUUGGUAGAGCUUAAAUGUCUACUCGAUGGCACUGGCGACAAAGACAAGGGUGCAAAGCGUCUUGCAACUCAGAAUAUGAAGCUGCAGCACACUGUGCAUCAGCUGAAAGAUUCUCUCAGUGAGGCUAGAGAUCAAGUCGAUGCCGUCAAAAAAAUUAAUGGCGCUCUGGCAUCACGUCUCCAUUGUCUACAACCAGACACACGUGGUAGUAUUGUCGAACCUGCAUCGACGUCCGCUUCGACUAGCUUUCUUCCUUUGUCUUCAGACGAUGAAGACGACGACGAUGAGGAAGAAGAUGAAGAGCUUAAGGAUGGCAUUGCUGAAUUUCGAAGAUCACUUGUAGGCAAGUGA